GGUACGGCAAACGUCGCAGUGCGCAGCGCCGCCCGCUACAACUUCACCUUAGUUGAUCAUCGCGAAUGUGUGAACGGGAAACAUACCAAAUGCUAGGAAAACAAACUACAUAAAUAUACGAUGAUAUUCUAAAUAUAAUGAUAAAUAUAAGUUUGCCUUUAGUUUUUUAUAUUUUAUUAAGUAUACAAAAAGCGAAGGUAGUGUGAGUCGUGCCCCGGUUGUGCUUUUCCGGCGUUCCCCUCCUCUGCGAGGGCCCGGCUAGUUCGCUAAGAGACGAUUAAACGCUUGCUAUGACGCGCGCUUAACCCUCGGCUCCAUGUCUACCAUGAGCAGGUCUCGCACAAGCCUCUCCCCGGCCGCCUCCGAGAGAUCCACCCUUCCAAUGGGUGCCUCCGCAGAACCGGGGAGCCCAGAGUUCAAACCUCUAGAGCCGACGAGGGAGCAGCUGCUUGCACAUUUUUUCGAAAGAUUUAAAUUCUACACAUCACUUUGCCUCGGAACGUCAGCCAUACUCGCUGUGUUUGCUUUCCUCUUCCUAAUCCCAUUCGUGGUUGAACCAGCUAUACAAACUAUACUGGCUGAAUUUGUACCUGAAGCAGGAAUAUGUUCUGUGUCAGCUCAUGUUCACGCUGAGACACUGACGAAUUGCACGUGGGCGUCUUGUAGAGAAGGCUGUACGACCGCGCACACAAAGUGCCAUAAGAUAAGAGUGAAUCUAGCUAAAACCCCGUUUAUUGAAGGUGGGCCGGUACCAGUCGAAUGGGAUGAAACAGACUUGAAAUUUCUUAUAAACCCUGAAGGUUGUGGAUACCCUCCAAGAGUGAACUGUUCGGUGUUUGCGAAUGAUUACGCUGGGUCGGACGCACCAAAGAUAUUCCCUUGUUACUACAGUUUAACAAGACCAGAUUUGGUAGUGGCGAGGUAUUCUUGGGAUUCUACAAUUCGAGGACUGGUGUUGGCUCUGGUGCUACCAACGGCGGUAUUCGUCUUUAGUCUAAGUGUCCUCGCGUACUGGCAUUGUCGUUGUUGCGACAGGGCCUGCAAUCGAAGAGUGCACGCAGAAUCAUUCGCUAGUAAAGAGGAUAGCAAACUCCUGUGUGAGUUGGACGACGACCCCAGCGACGACGUGUUCUGACGCCGCGCUUCGUCCGCCCGCCGUCGCGCCUCCCCUCGCACCGGUUACGCUCAGCUAUGAAGACAAUCAUGCCGUAACAUGGCGUUAAAGCAAGACGUAUUCGCCUGGGCAGCGGAUAAGUCUCUUUUCUCUUGCCAGUUCCUAUAACAUUUAUAUACAAUACAAUUUUAGAAGCUUUUUAUUAACUUGCAAUGUACCUAUUACAUACAGUACAUAUGUAAGUAAGUAUGUAGGUAAUAUGUAACUAUGUUUCUAAGGGUCAAAUCUUGCAAGUUAAAUUUGACUCACUUCCCGGUUUCCGAUGAAGUUGAAAAUUUGCAUACUUAUGUAAGUCGGGUGACAAUGCAAUAUUAUGAUCUGAUGAUGGAGACAGGAGGUGGUAAUAGGAACUCUAUGAUAAACUGAUAAAACAACGCAACCUAAUUGUGUUUAAGGUUUUUAGAAUUGUCUCGAUAAAUAUUAGUUGCUUGUGGAGCUUGUACCAAAAAUGAAAUUUUUGCCAAAAACUUAUUACAGAUAGUAACAAAAUUAUUUAGCUAUGUUAAAGGAACUGGCAUAAUAAGGUAGAAAGCAAAUGACAGGUGACAAGAGAUUAAAUUGUAGUGCAUCACAUGCUAGGUUACAAAUACCAAGACUUUUUUAGCUUUUUGAAAUUGCGUACAAUUUUUGUAAUUGGUGACAUUCGGAAGGUGGGCUUAUUAAAAUAAGCGACGGAUUGAACGUUCUAAUCGCUGCAGUAAUGCGGAUGACAGCACCUCAAUUGACAGCGACGUCGCUCGGCUCAACGUUGCAGCAGCAACGUUGCAAUAGCAGUAAUGCUGCUGCAUUCGUCAUCCGAAUAUCACCUUUAGAUAUUUGCUUUAAAGUUUGUUGAUGUUUUGUAAAAUGUGAAGUCACAUCAAAUCAAAUUUUGCUGCCUAGACGAAACGUCUUUAAGCGAAACUGCCUUAACGCGUAACGGCGCUAUGCCUAUCGAGCUAAAUUUAUUGUCUAAAUACUAAGGAUCGAGAAUGAAGCGGAUAAGGUUGUAAAAGUACUUUGUUUAAAAUGUAAUUCUUUGAUCUAUGAUACUAAAACGUUUUUUUUUUACUUUUAGUCACAAAACACAAUUUAAAUUAGGUACCGACCUCGUUGUCCUGCCGUGAGGAAGUUCAGGUAUAUAAAAUGGCUGCAUAAGACAUAAGUAGAGGACCCGCGCGAAAUCGCCUUUUCAUACAAACGUAGUCCUCAUUUUCCUCUCUGGAUAUUAACAUACUUAAUUGAAAAUAUUUUUACACAAUUGGUUGUAUAUCAACUACAGCUAUGUCCCUACGUUUGAAUUUUUAAAAGUUUUGAUUAGGUAUUAUAUAAGUUAAGAGCAUUUAAAAAUUUGUAUGAAAUCUGUUUUUCGCUCCUAAUUUUUACAAUAAACAAAAAAUCUAAAAAAUCUUAAAAGUCAAACGUAGGGGCAUAGCUAUGGUUAAUAUACAUCAAAUUAUACAGAAAUAUUUUCCAUUAUGUCAAUAUCCAGAGAGGAAAAUGAAGACUACGUUUGUAUGUAGAAGCGCCCAUCUUCUUUCGUCUUAAGAAUGUAUAUUUGCUUAAUUUUAUGUAUAUUAAUUAUUAACCAUCGCUAUUCCCCUACAUUUAACUUUUCUAGAUUUUUUGAUUACUUAUUGUAAAAAUUAGGAGCGAAAUAUAGAUUUUAUACAAAUUUUAAAAUGCUCCUAACUCAUAAUAAUCAAUAAUUUGAAAAAAAAACCAAACGUAGAUAGCUGUGGCGUCAUAGCUGUGGUUGAUAUACAACCAAUUGUGUCAAAAUAUUUUCAAUUACAUUAAUAUCCACAGAGGACAAUGAGGACUCCCUUUGUAUGAAAAGGCGAUUUCGCACGGGUCCUAUCCACUUUCGUCUUAAUGAGGUCCCUUGCAUAGGAGGCUGCACUCUAUUUGUGUUAAGGAGAAACGGUUGAUGAGUGAGUUAUCACUACACCCUUACAUUUACACCCUUAUAAAUAAAUAAAAAUACAAAAUAAAUAUAAGGGUGUAUUUAUAAAUUACACCCUUAUAUUUGAAGUACUUUUUAAAUAAAAUCUUAACAACCUUGUAAAGUGACUGACUAUAACGUAGAUUGGGUAUAAAAAUCAUCGCUAGCAUUUUAAAUAUUAAACAUCAUUAAGAGGGGAUGGCCUUACUGAACAGUAUUAAAUUUUAACUUUGGCGGCGUGGCUUUGCUUUAAAUAGAAAUAAUAAAAACAUAUGAAAAAUUAAAAAAAAGACGUCUCUUAAUUCUAAAUUGAGCUAUGCCGGUUAGUUCAUAAGUUUGAUAUAAUUUGCUUCAGAAACUUUCCAAGGCAGAUAAGUAGCAAAAUUAUAUCAUAACAAAAUUUAACUGUACAAAAAUAUAUACUAGAGUAUAAAACAUGCAAGAUUAAUAUAAGUAAUUGAUUGGAUAAUUUAUAUUAAAAGAAAAAAUACCAACUAACUGUUGACAUACAAUAGUUAUUCUCGAUACAAGUGCGGAAAAGAGGAAAUUCGAAACGAGUGGCGAUAAAUUAAAACACGACCACAGGAAGUGUUUUAAAUUGACACGAGUUGCGAAUUACCUAUUCGCACGUGUAUCGAACAACGUUUUACAGUAAGUUAAACUUUCGACAUAUGAACAAAAAGUGCACUUUACGCACUAGUGCGUGAAAGUAGCACCAUAUGUACUGUAAAAUAUAUUUUGUUUCACGAUUGAUACAUAUUUAGCAUCCUUCACACUUAAAACCGUGAGGAACUAAAACAACUUAUAAUUUAUGGCCUAUGAGGUAGGUAAAUUAAACCUUCUGUAACAAACUAGAAUUAAUUUAUUAUGAAUAUAAAUCUUAGAGCACAAUAGAUGCUUUACGAGCUAAGUAAAAAAAAUACAUGAAAUCUGAUAGGUACAUAAAUAACCUUCUACUGCCUACAAACACUUCGUCAUAUAUGGGUAAAAUUACUUCAAAAUCUUGAAAAUUUCAUAGAAGUCUAAUAAGUAAUGAGCAAUACUUAGAAGAAAAUUAAUGCUAUUUAACAUUUUAAAUUCCUUUGGAAUUGAUUUGACCUAGAUUUUUUACGGAUUUUUUUUACUCAAUAUUUAACGUCCGACAAAUUAUGACGUGGCGCCUUAACUUCAUUACUUAAUACUAAAGUAAAUAUUUAUUAUAGAUAAAUCACAUCACCUAAUUAUUUCAUUUCGAAAGAUAUUGCGCUUUAACAUUAAUGAUAUCAAAAAGCAAUUAUUGUCCUAUAAAAUACUGAAUUACAUUAGAAUGUAUGUGCAUAUUAUUAUCAUUUCGAUUGUAGUGGUGAACCAUAUUUUUUGUCAAAAUCUACAAUAUUAAUGAUGUAGGUCUAUCAAAACGUUAAAAUAUGUGGAUUACUAUUAGCUUAAGGUACCUACUCCAAAAAAAUUAAAGUACUUAUAAGAAUAUAUAUAGGGUAAUACUUGGAACACAAUUUUGGACUCCGUAACUUUGUUUGGACUAGUUAGGAGGUGAACAUAUCAAAAGUCCCCGGCCGUAGCCCUUGAGCCGAGGGGAGGGGGGUUUGAAGGUCCCAUUUUUCGGAUUUUCACAUAUCUUCACAUCACAAAACUAAAGCUGAUUAAAUUUGCUCAAAGUUCAAUUUUGUCAAAUUAUUCGAUAUCUUGAAUAGUUUUCGAGAUAAAGUUUAUUUGGGGCUCUCAAUGUUAUCUUGAUAUCUACAUUAGUGAAGCUACUAGGCCAUGUUUGGUAUUGUUUUCGUAUAAAUCGGGAGUGCCAAAUUCAUUUGAUACCAUUCCGAAGUAAAAACAUAUUGGUUUAAAGAUUCUUUAUUCUCAUAAGAAUUUGUACAAUUUACUUAAAAUGAGAACUUAAAUAUAUAGGUAAGUUUUAUUUACAUAUUCCAUGUGUGACAGACAGUGAUACAAAUUACAAUAAGCAUUUGUUAUUAUUUUUCCGGUAAUGUUUAAGUAUUUGUAUUAGGGGGUAGGUUAGUGGACAACAGUGCGCGCAAUCGUACGUAGAUCGCUGUUGAGAAACAUAUUCAUUCAUUGCUAUUAUUUACAUGUAGAUAAUCAAGAUAAAAUUGAUGGCCCUCAAUAAACUUUCAAGAGCGGAUAUCUCGAAAACUAGGAUACAAGAUAUCGAAAAACAUAACUAAAUAAAACUUGUAACAAAUUUAACCACCUUUCAUUUUGUAUGUGGCCAUCUCGCUAAGACGCAUAGUUUCCGAGAUACAAUAAAAAAAUCGAAUAAUGAGACCUUUGAACCCCCCUCUCCCCCGGCUCAAGGACUACGGCCGGGGCCUAUUGAUAUGUUCAGCUCCUAACUAGUUUAAACAAAGUUAAAGACUCGGGACGAGUGAAGAAUGACAUUUCCGCACGUGUAUCGAACAACGUUUUUUUUAUACAGUUGCGAAAAAAUAAGAAACACAACAAGUAAGGAAUAAAAACAAUAUCGGAAGUUGCCUUUGGAAACUUAGCUUAAAUCCCUCUACUUUGACGGGCGGGCGUUUCGGCAGCUAUUCCUACCUCUACUUUCCAUAGCUAUUCCGUUCCAUUCAAACUUAUGAAUAACGGUUUAUCAUUAAAAAAUAAACGUGUUAUAAUGAUGCAGAGGUAAGUAAUAAAAUAUUAAAUAUGUAUAUUUUUCGUAUUCUUACAUUAACAGUAGGUUUUUAUGUUGGUUACGACGUUUAAAGGAAACUAAUAUUAACACUCAUCAAUAAGUAGUCAUCAAUUGGAACAAGUAUAAAUAAAAAAAAACUUGGAAAAGUGAAAAGCACUAGUUCGCGAAAAUUAACUUUCCACACACUAAACAGCUACGUAAAGUAGCACUUUAGAGCAACUGUAUUAAAAAAAUAUUUUAAAAUUUAUGUUGAAUCAUUAAAUAACUUGCUUGGUUCGUAAUAAUAAUGUUCUCAAAUUGUGAUUGGUAUAAAAAAUAAGAUGAAAUGACAAAUAAAAAAAAAAUUGCCAUGUUUUUGUGAUAUUAAGCAGCUUAAUUAUGGUUUAAAAAAAUGUAUAUAUUAGAGUAGGUACCAGAUUUCCUAAAAUAAAAAUUGUAAAAUGUAUAAAUUAUUUUAGAUAAACAAGACAAGUAAAUUACGUACUUUUCUCUGUUGUAACAAAAGCAUUUCACUAACCUACUAUGUAGUUCAUAAUAGGUACUUGCCUGCCAUGAAUUUUCUAUUAAAAGUGUAUAUGUAAUAUAUAAAACAUAUUUUUUUCUAAGCAUAGAAGCAGCAUUCGGGCUUUAAAAAAUAUUUAUUAAGUGCAACGCAUCUUGCUCGCACCAAUGUAGGUAUACCUACGUAACUACGAGUGAUAUUUUAUGCACGGGCUGACAUCAACUUUUAAGUUCGGGACGGGAUGGCCUCGUGACUUUAUGGUGACAUGAAAAAAACGUGAAUGUGGUACGUCCCACAAUAUAAAAGGAAAAAUAUAUUAACAUAAAAGAAACGACUAAAAAUACCUUUGCUCUACUUGACAGCCCGACGUAUAGUAUGUUUUCCUUAUCAUUCAGAAAUAGAAAAUUUAUCUAAAGGAUGUUCCAUAGAAUGUCCCAUAGAAUGUCAAUUAAAGUCCCUGUGGUUAUUGUUACAAAGUUAAAACUAUAUAUCAUAAAAUGAUAAUUUCGUAGGUGUUCUAUCUUAACACAUAUAUGCCUAUAUGAUGCAAAAUACCUAUCGAUUCCGACACAUCGGAUCGGAUCGCUUUUUAUUAAAAUGAGUACCUAGUAGGUCUUGAGCUCAGACGAAAAACUAGUUCUAGGCACAUAUGGGUUAAGGGUUGUUUAUGGCCAUGGGUUCGUUAACUUUAAAUUGCCAAUAUAUACUGUUUAAAGCAAUUUAUAUACCUUAUCGUAAAUAGAGCGUUUAAUGGGGAAUAGCGUAACACAUUUUGUGUUUUAUAAGACUUUUUCCGAAAAUAUCUUGUGAAAAACUUAGAAAUACCUGUUAAAUUCCACAAAUAUUCGUAGUAAUACAACAUUAUAUUAAUAGUAGGUAAUUAACACCUUUAAAUUAUUGUCGUAUAUAAUAUACCGACUCCUUAAAGUGACUGCAUGUUAACUAUAAAGUGACGUGACUAACAACUAUCGUGUGUGCUUAGUGUAUUUGUUUUGAGUUAUUUAUAUGUAUAUCACGAAUAAGAUAUAACAUGUAGUUUCCCACAAUUUCACAAAAAUAGAGAAAACCUUUUUCUUCUCACUUAAUCAAGGAACCCUAAAAUCGAUCUAAAAUGCUUUUUAAGAAGUACCUAAAUACUAUAAUUAUUGUUAUAAGUUUCUAGUCUCACGUUUAAAACAUUGUAUAGGUACCUACCUAAAUUAUUUACCUUCAAAUUUUGGUUACAGGGGCAUUCUACAUUUUACUGCAGGUUUUUGUGUCCCCAGAAGAAAGUAUUUAAAUUUUAUAUUUGUAUUUUUUUUUCUUUUACAUUGUAUAAAGCAACUUAUCUUGGCAAAGUGCUCCCUUAGUGUCAAAGUUGUAAUGCUUGAGAUAAGACCAGACACCCUGUAGUCUAUACCAUUCCGAUUUAAAAGUAAUGACAAAACAUAAAUACGUGAUUUUGGUCGUACGACCAAUCAUAUAUUUCUAUAAACCUUGCCACAACUAUUGAUAUCGUGAUCUGGAGGAGUAGUAAUGAGUACUGAAAUUUGUACCAAUGAUCAUAAUCCAUCUGGACGAUUUUAAUUGGCUUAUCGAAUAACUUGUCAUGGAUUGUUUAUUUUCAUUUUGUGAUAAAAACAAACUUUAAAAAUGGCUAAAGUUGUUUACUGCCAUUAACGCACAUCUCUCGACUAUAGGUAAAACAAUAGUAAUAUUAUUUUAGCCAAUUAUGUUUAUAUUGAUGACAAACUUACUAAAAGGUACUUUAUAAUUAUAAGUAAAUAGUUUCGUGUAAGUAUAUGUAAUAACUAAUUCUUUUAAGUUACAAUGUUUUAAAUAUGAAACUUAUUUAGCCUUUUGAAUGCGAUUGUAAAUAAUAAAGUAUUAUUAAAACUGUUCAAUGUUUAUUAUAUGAUUGUACAUAAGAAUAGUUUAGUAAAUUUAUUUUGUUUAAAUUAAAUAUUGUAAAUGUAUUCUAAUGUACUUAAUGACUUUGGCGCAAACCAACACAAAGUGUAAUGACAAAUAAAGGCUUGUUUUUUA